AUGAUGACAACAUUUCUGUUAGCACAGCCUAUCUUGCUCAGGUGCCGUGGAGGUAGGCACAACCGUCAAGUCAUCUCAUGCCCACCCCCCUACACUUGUAACAUUCAUUUCCGCCAAGUCCCGAUGGCUUCUACGCCAUCGCCUGCCGAUAAAGUUUCUCCCCGAACUCUGAAGGAUUCUCCACUGGUGCCUGAGACAAAGCUCCCAGAAAUUUUGGCAGGUACAAUGCUUGCCGGUGAGCCACUUGCAAUGGCUUUCAAUUCAUCCGACGAUGGUUUUGAUCAUGAACUUUUUUUCGAGCGAAUGAUUCCAUUAGGCGGUGUUCCUUCCCUCGUGCUUGGAAAAACACUCGCAGGAGUCUGCUUCGGAGGGUACGCCGCUAACGGCUUCUUGGCCCGAGACGACUAUCGCGAGGCCACUACUGAACGGUCAAUGUUCGUAUUCCGCAUUGAUGCCUGUGGAGAUGUGCUUCUCGCGGAAAAUACGGACCCGAUUCAGUACGACUUUUACGAUUAUGCCAUACGCUUUGGUGCCGCCCUUCUCGGAAUUCCAAUGAACCCGACCAAGCAUAUCCUGAAGAGCAAUGUCGGUACGAGCUCGUGUAAACUUCCAAACGGUGAAACAAGUGUACUUGGUGACGCUACAAUGGGUAAGAUAGACCAGCUUCAAGUGUGGGUUGCCAAGCGGUAUAUCGACGAAGUGAAUGCACAAAACUCCAAAUCUGGAAAGGGAUUCUUCCGGAGCCUUUUUGGCUGA